UCCGGCUCGAGGAGGUCAAAAGGCACAAUCUCCCGCUCGCAGCUCUAUCGCCUUUGCGUCAACUGAACACGUGCGCUGCUUCAGCGGCGCCUGAGAAUUAGCCCUCGCCGCGCGGCCUUUGCGCGGAUAAUUGCGACAAACAGGGUGACCAGGCCGUCUGCCCAAUGUUUGGGCCGCUACCUCACGACACAGGCGCAGUAUAUCAAGCUUGUUACAGGCUCGAUGUUGACGCGCUGCGGCGCGCGUUGGCGAACUUGACGGCCGAAGCCGACCUAUCAUUCCGCCGGUUGGGGACCGCAGGCCAUGUCGGUUUCACCCCACUCCAUAUUAUCGUCGAUCGCAGUGAUAACGCGGAGAUGGUUUCAAUGUUGUUAAAAGCAGGGCACGACAUCAAUGCUCGCACUAACACUGAUGGCCCGACAGCCCUUCACAUAGCAGUAGGCCACGGCAGAGUAGAUUGUGUCGCGGCCUUGCUCGCCGCCGGGGCGUCAGUCACCAUAAAAUAUGAUGGAUUGGAGCCCAUCGAUGAAGUGACAAAUAAUAACUGCCGGCGGAUUGUCCCCAUGCUUCGUCGGGCCAGCUCCGAUGGGGUCUAUUUGGACCAACAGCGACCAGGCACUUCUGAUCCGAGGUUCUGGUUUCAUGAUUGGGACGGGCGGCCGUAUCACGAGGAAAACUAUCAAAUUCUCUCGACUUACUUCAUGAAGAUUUUUAUGUCGAACUCAGGGUCGAAGAUAUUUUUGUCAGGCCCAGCGGGUCAUGGUCCGGGGACCUUCGCGACCUACGAGAAGGCCCACCGCGCGCGCCUCACCAAGACCUUCGUGCCCAAAUUCCCGCAACUCCCGCCGGACGUCAUCCCGACGAUCGUCGCGUUCGCCUUCCACACGGGCUGGUACUAACUCACAC